AUGGAAGGUCCCUGUCCCAUCCCAGAUCGCGGCGAGCCCCUCCCCCCCGCAGACCCCCCAGUUACCCUGGGGAAGAAAGAAGCGGAGAAAAGAAUCAACGAGAUGAAGGGGGUGCUCUCCUGGAUUGCCGCAGGAAAAAGGGCACGUAGUAACGCAGGCGCCAAAGGGCGCACCCUCCCCAGCCUGCUGCGUCAGGCAUUCUAUUGCCGUCAGAAGAACAAAAGGGCGAAGUUUGAACCGGGUACUCCCAAAAAACGUAUUGAGAAGUUCAGAAAGCUUGUCCUUGAGAUGGAGAAGCUUCUCUAUGCGCAUUAUGGAGUUGGCAGCCCGUCUGAGGCCGAAGAGGAACGUGAAGAGGAAGGUGAAUCAUCGGAAGAUAAACAACCGGGUGCUGUCGGUGGUGAGGCCAAAGAAGGCUUGGAGGCAGAAGGUGACCUCUCUGACGAUGAAUCGCGGGUCGACAAGAUGGACGAUGGUUUUCACAGAUCCCCCACACCAGAUCCGUUUUUGCAGGGUCCUGAUCCCAUCCCAGAUCGCGGCCAGCCACUCCCCCCCGCAGACGCCCCAGUUACCCUGGGGAAGAAAGAAGCGGAGGACAGAGCCAGCGAAAUGCAGGAGGUGACCGAGUUGGUUGCCGCGGGUACGGCAGCAGGUAGUAACGAAGGCGCCAAAGGGCGAACCCUUCCCGGCCUGCUGCGUCAGGCAUUCCAUUGCCGUCAGAAGAACAAAAAUUCAGAUUUCGGAGAGGAUGUUCCUCAAGAACUCGUUGACAAGUUCAAAGAGCUUGUGAAGAAAAUGGAGAAGCUUCUCUAUGAUCACUAUGGAGUUGGCAGGUGGGUUUAG